ACGUCAGUUUGUUGAACAAUCGCCCCGUAUAAAAUGCCCCAGUCAUAGAGGGAGGCUGGUGGCGGGGAAACGAGGCAGAGCCUAGCCUGGGGCCAUCAGCAGCAGGGGGCAUUUCCUCGCAGAUCGCUCCCCCCUUGGGUUCCCUGGGGUAGCUGAAAACCGAGGGGGGGAGGGACAGGAACAUCGAUGCUCGUUGCUCUAUAAGCGAAGCCUCGAGCUGCCCUCCAGGGUCUGAGCCAUGGCCGAGAGCCUGAGACGACUGAUCAGCAGCGAGACCUGCGGGGUUUUGCAGGAGAAGUUGGAGCGGUGGUAUAAAGACUAUCACAUAAAUUCAUGUGAUCAAAAUCUGAACCGAUGCUGUGAAAUCAUGGAAUUGAGUGCCAAGAUUCAGGGGCAUCUCUUCUCCAUCUUCAAUCAAACAGCUCGAGAAGGUGGACAUUAUGCAGGAGUGGAAACCAUCAAAUCACGUCUCCUGCCAUGGUUGGGGACUUGUUUUUCUAGCCCUGCUCCAGGACGGCCCUUCGAAACCAGUUUCUCCAAGGAGUCACAUGAGAAAGAAAGGCAACUGAGGGAAUUGGCCAACUCUCGGAAUCAUGAAAUACUCCAGCUGGAAAGAGAACUGAACUCCACUCGUUUACAGCUCAGCCUUGUCCAGCAAGAUCUUGAAGAAGCCCAGUUGGCUCUUGAAGACACAAAGACCAAAUCAGCCACCACUCUUUUGGCAGCAGAGGAUGAAAUAGUUCAGCUAAAAACAGAUUUAAAGGCAUAUCAGGCAAAAGAAGAAUGCGCUUUGAGGAGCCUGGAGAAGUUGAGUGACUAUGAGCAGCAGGUUCAGACACUGAAGGACGAGAUUGCCAUCCUUGGUGCUCAAAAAUCUGUUUUGCAAAGCAGGCUUGCGCGAAGUCGAUCCCCUUCUCCAAGAUCGAUCCGAAGUAGAUCCCCUAGUCCACUUCCAAUCAAGAGCAUUUCUCCGGGCAGAUCCAGACUUACGAAUACAUCCCGUCAUGCUCACCUUGUGGAACGCUUCAGAGACAUUUAUGCUCAAGCGCGCUUAGAUGCUCAAACCCUCCUGAGGAGCUAUAUUGAUGAUCUGGAAAUGGUGCAGAGAAUAAUCUAUGUGGCGGCUGUGGAGUCUUUCCAUGCAGCAAAGAAGGCCUUCAGGCAGUUCAAGAUGCGUGUAAGAAAGGCAUUGUCCCUAAGUUUCUCAGGGACUGAGUCAGUCGAAGACAGAGUAAUGGACUAUAUUAUACGCCAAGAAGAUCUAUAUGAUGUUCAGUACAGUGUCAAUGAAGUAAUUAACGCAAUGAACAUCCACCCUAGGAUUUCCUUUCCACCAGAAGUUGAUUUUAUCAUGAUCAGCAGCUUAAUACGAGAGUUGUGCCGUGUAGCCUUUUCAAUGCAAACCUUGGAUCCUCCACUUGAUAUUUCAUUUGCUACUGAGGGAGAACUUUUUAAUGAGUACAAGUACCGUCGCAGCUUUGACUCCGAUUUCACAGCUCCGCUUGUCGCCUAUCAUGUGUGGCCUACUCUUAUGGAGAAUGAUUCCGUCAUUGUAAAGGGAGAGGUAGUCACAAGACGAGGUGCUCUGUGGUCUCACAGGAGUAGGAGCCGAAGUAGAGGCCGGAGCCAGACUCGUAGCCGCAGCUUGAGCCCUCUGUCUCAUGGUGCAGACCACUCCCGGCACUUGCCAUCUCGAAGCCGCAGCCCUUCCCCGCUAAGAAGUGGAAGCCCAAGACUUUAGGUUUAACUGGAUACGGUUAUUUGAUUCGGUACAUCUGGAUCAGUUCGCUUCUGUGGUGCCUUCUCCUGUUCCAAGAGUACCUCAAACCUCACUUAAAACAAUGUGAACAACAGUUCUGAAUCACUCCAAGUGGAGAGUGAAAUGGGAUUGAUAGUGUGUUUUUAUAACUGUUUUGGAAUUAUUGCAACAAAUCUGAUUUAAAAAUUGCAUAGCAUUUAAGAUCAUAUUAAUUUCUUUUCUUUUUUUUAAGAAAAAGUGUUUACAUAGCUCUUGGAGCCACCCUUUCGGGGGAGACGUAUUACUGGUGUAAUGAAUAUAUCUUAAGCGUCCAGUUUUGACAUCCUACAUUAUAACGUUUUGCAAUUUUUCAUUUGAAAUACAGUCGUCACACAAUGGUGCUUCUUUAGGGCAAAGGAUAAACCCUUUUAAAUUCCGUCUAACUAUAUGAGAGUUGCUGUGUCACCCUAAGCAGAGUUAGAAGGGUGGCACUGUUUAAAAUGUUUUGCAUUGGCAGGGUCAUGACCAACAACGUUCUGGGCCUUGCAUUCACAUGAAAUUAUAAAAUUGUGAUCUCUAACUAAUCCUAUUUCAAUCCCUGGUUGUGUUUGAUAUACUAAUCAUUUUGAUCUUGGAAGCACAUGUUUCUACAGAUCUGUUGUACGUUUUUUAACAUUUGGUGCUGAAUGCUGAUGAAACAUUUUAGCCAUGCAAGAGAUCUUGUCCUCCCUUUUCCUAUACUUCAUCCUUGGGACCAGUCUUAAAUACAAGCAACACCAGUGUCUUGUUUGGUGCCUUGCCUUCUUACAUAGGAUAAUAGGAUUUGUUCACAUGGAUCAGAGUACUAAUCUAACCAACAUUUUUACUUCUGAUCCCGAACUUGGUGCUUCUGCCGAUCAUGUAAUUAUCAGUACAAAGCUGGAUGAGUUUUGCAUUUCUGUCCCUAAAAUUUGUUCAUAAUAUACUUCUGCCUUGCGGGUGUGUAUGGGGGAAGGGGGCAUUAAAUCUCUAACUUCCUUUUUUUCUCUUUCUCAAAAAGGGCUUUGAAAUUGGAUUGAAGAUGGCAAAUUUUCUAACUAGGCCAGCUUUUAUUUACAAUAUUGUUGUUACAUUUGUUUGAAAAUACAGUUCCUGAUAAGAAAAGACUCGAGUUAGAGUCUUAUGUGGAUUGCCGUGGAUACAUAAUAUUUAGAUUCUUUAAAACAGGGGCUGUAUUCCUUAAAUCAUACUAUCUACAAGCAGUGCCAGAUUAAUCUAGUAGAAAAAGUAGCCUAUGCUAUGGGCACUGCACUUUCAAGGACCCCGCACUAAAUGCUUGCAAGCUGUCUGGUAUAAUCGGGAUCUCACUGUAUUCUCAUGAUCUAGCAACACUGUUGAAAAAGUAACUUUUAAAUGGUAGUUUUCUUGCUUUAGUUCUCUGAUGAGAGCAUCACUAUGGUGUACCUUCCAAACAUGUGUUUCCUCAUUUACAUUAUAGUUUUAGUUUUUUUAAAGAUGCGUAUGGAUGCCAGUCUCCCAGUGGGAUCUGGGGAUUCACUGGAAUUACACUCAUCUCCAAACUACUCCUUGGAAAAAAUGGAUGCUUUGGAGGGUGGACUCAAUGGCAUUCUAUCCCCUCUGAGGUCCCUGUUCUCGUCAGGCUUUGUCCUCAAACCUCUA